AUGAAAAUACUAGAACAAGAAAUUAAUGUAGAGUUUGUAAAAAAUGUUUUAACGAAAGUGGACUAUGACGUUUUGUGUCAAACGGCCAAACAGCUAGGGAUAAAUUUGCUAGCUAGCUACACUAGCCAACACCUUGAGGAUGAAGAAUUCCUGAACUCAGUUCACCAUGCCCUUUUUAAGGUGCACAUAAUGGAAGCCACGUUAAUAUGUCCCAAAUGCAAUGCCGCCUUUCCGAUAAAGGAUGGUACGCGGCUCUCGGCCUUUUUAAGAUGA